UUAUUCCUGAUGCUGGACGAGGCACUGUUGUAACAGACACAGUUGGGUCCUUUGUGGUGGCCUCCUGCGGGAUGUCACCUCUGCCGUGGCCUACCUUUGUUUUGGUUUUGAUGGAUGUGUUCACCGGCGAGUGAGGGCAGUCUCGUGCAGGCUGUGGACCAAUCAGGACGGCUUUGACUGCAACGAGGGACAACGGUUAAGACAGAGAUGGCGCCCAGCUCGAAAUCAGAAAAGGACGACGGCAAACAGAAAACUCAAAGAAAACAUAAAGACCAUGUCGUGAAGCUUCUCAUGCGUGGGAAGCUGUCAGGACAGUUUUCUCAGCGCCUGUUCAGGAAGCUCCCACCUCGAGUGUGCGUUCCAUUGAAAAACAUUGUCAGCGAGGAGUUCCUGAGAGCAGGACAUAUCUUUCUUGGCUUCACAAAAUGUGGCCGCUACGUUCUUUCCUACACCAGUGACUGUGGAGAAGAUGAUGAUUUCUCUUUCUAUACCUACCAUCUCUACUGGUGGGAGUUCAACCUGCACAGUAGACUCAAACAGGUCCAUCAUGUGCGUCUGUUUGCAGGCGAGGAAAUCUACAGUGACCUGUACCUGACUGUGUGUGAGUGGCCAAAUGACCAUUCAAAAAUUGUCAUCUUUGGCUUCAAUACGCGCAGUUCUAGCUCUGUUCUGAUGAACUUGAUGAUGAGUGAUGAGAACAACAGAGAUAUCUACAUCACAAUUGCCUCCAUGCCUCCUCCUACACCUUGCUCUUACUGCUGCCCAGUUCCCUCGGCCACUACCAUACGCACAGGGAGUGGUGAGUGUCUCGAGCAUGGCUAUGUGCUCAACAGCAGAUACCAGGUGGUGUAUCCGUUCCCAACUUUCCAGCCAGCUUUUCAGCUGAAGAAGGACCAGGUGAUCCUGUUAAACACUAGCUACUCUCUGGUGGCCUGUGGCAUCUCGCUCUGCACAGGUAAGCAGGGUCAGUCAUCGCAGAUUCUCUACACAAAGAGAGCAGCGUUGUCAAGUCAAGCUUCCGUGUCUCCUUCCUCAACCUCCUUGGCCUCUUCUUCGUCACUACCUCAGGGAUCUCCUGAAAGCCGAUUGCAGCCUAGCAGGCCCACUCCGAUCGUCUCAUCUACUAGCCAGUCACAGGCAGCUGUUAGAGCGCGGGAAUUUGCGGCUGACCUCUUUAGGCGAGCCCAGGGUGGAGGAGGAGGGGGGAAAGAAACUGAGGUUCAACAAGAGAAGAGAACAGCUGAUAGUGGUGAAAAAGAGGCAUCACAGAUACCAGGAGACAAAGGGACACAUGUAGAGAGGAGGAGACAGGAGGAUGAUUGUAGAGAGAGGAGGGAAGAGGAGAGACGGACUAGUUUACCACAAGCAUCAACAUCAGCUGUGCGCCACAGUUUGCAUCAGUGCCCAGAACAAGUGAUGUCUCCUGCGUCCUCUUCCUCAUCACCUUCAUCCCCUCCGACCCCGUCCUCAUCCCAGGAGGUUAGCCCCAGUGAGCCUGGAUAUGUAAACUACUCACACCUGCACUACCGCCUCCAACAGCCAGGGACAACGGAGCAGAAUACAGGAGGUUACGAAGAUGAUAAGGUCCAGCUACCUUUCACAGUCACUGAUCUAAAAGGAAGGAACCUGCAGCUGGUCACUGGACCACACAAUGGACAGAGUGUGUGUGUUGAGCAGUUGACUCUAGACUUUGAGUAUCUUAUCAAUGAGGUGAUCAGGAGUGAUGCUGCCUGGGCCACUCAGUUCUGCUCCUUCAGUGACUAUGAUGUUGUGAUAUUAGAGGUGUGUCCAGAGACCAACACUGUGAUGAUCAACAUUGGUCUGCUGUUACUGGCAUUCUCCAACUCAGACGAGGAGCACUGCAGGCCAAACACCUACCAUUCCAACCUGCAGGUUAGCUGGGACUUAAACACAGGUGUGUGUUGCACUGUGGGGGUUGGUGACCUUACAGAGGUUAAGGGUCAGACGAGUGGGAGUGUGUGGAGCUCUUACAGGAAGUCCUGUGUGAACACAGUGAUGAAGUGGCUGGUUCCAGAGAGCAGCUCCCGCUACAUCAAUCGCAUGACCAACGAAGCUCUACACAAAGGCUCGUCUCUGCAAGUGUUGGCAGAUAGUGACCGAUGUACCUGGAUUGUAUUAUGAAGAAAGAUGAGGACCACAAGUGUCAAAGCAACAGAAACAAAAGUGCACACAUACACGUCGACAUGUUCCAAUCCCCUGUACGGAGCCUGACUUUAAUCUGAGAAAAAUUGUACGUUCCGUGACUGUGAUUUGGUAAUAUCUAGUUAAAACACUUGUCAAAUUGAAACUGAACAGGGAGCGCUCUAGAUGAAAUACAGUAAAGAUUAAGUUUUUUUGGUUAUCUGUGUUUUCAUUUUGCAGGUUUCAUCUUUUUUUUGUACUAUGUACUGUAUUAUUGCAACCACCAAAACCAAGAGCUGAACUGAACAAAGUUCUAGUUUUUACUUUUUACUUUUUGUUUUUAUACAUAUAAGCGUACCGUUAUUGUAGUGUGAAUGUUUUUUUUUUUUUAAUGUGUCUGUAACUGAACGUAAGGAAUAUCGGCACAUGUGUGAUGGUGACAAGGUGAUUUCGUCCAGAGAAUAAGUGUGUCUGUGUGUGUAUAUGUUUUUGUGUAUGAGUGUGUGCAUGUUUCAUGUAUAGGUAACAUUUGCCAGAUUCUGCUGCUUCUGAAAAAGAUAUUUCCUCAUCUGGCCUGGACCAGUUCAGUCUAGCUGUGUUAAUUUCUAGGCUGCAGUAUUUAAAAUGAGAAAAAGUGAAACCAGUACUGCAUCACUUGACUCUUGACUUUUUUUUUCUUUUUCUUUUUUUUUAAACCCAUGUUAUUGAAGUAGAGGGUUGUUGGAGUCACCUGCACAGCUGGUUGACACGCUGUAUGUUUACUGACAUGGAAGUAAGACUAUUAUGGGUUGGGAUAUUUUGUCAAAAUAAAAUGUUCAAAAGAUUUUU